GUCCACUAGGGGGCGAUAUACACAUUGUUCUUGUUCUCACAAGACCAGCACGAAGAAGAGACGGGCCUCCAGUUCAAGGCGAUGGCGAUGAUCCGUGUGGUUUCUCAGAAGUUUAGCAUCUGUGCUGAGAUGGGAAUCUCGCAGAUCCUGUGAGUCUUCACUCCCAAAGUGGCUGCUGGAGACCAUUAGUAAAGCCACCGAAGAAGACAGAGACUGCAAAGUAACCGAUGUGGACAAAUAUACAUUUCCUGUUAAAUAAUUCCAGCUGUAAAAUAAGAGCUUCAUUUGUUAGUUCUGAGAGUUCCAGCUUUUGACACUGCCCCUUGUUGACCUCUGAAUAUAUCUGCACUAUGAGUGACCCAAAGGGCAGAGAUGACACGCCCAACAGUCUGUCCAAUCGAGACGCCAUUGACCUGCCUGAUGAUGCCUCUUUGAGUGACUCAGAUCCUGAUGAGUCCUCACAGCCCCUGGGUCAAAAGGUCGAGGAAUUGUCUUCUUCCUCUGAUGAGGAAAAUGUUCAGCAUGGCAGCAAUGUUCCUCAAGGAGCUCACACGUUCAAGUUGACUGGUGGGAGUUUUGGCUUCUCAUACCGCAGCAGAAGCAUCUUUGAUCAGCUGGAUAGUGCUGUGAAGCUAACAUCGAGUCAACUGGCUGAAGACAACGUCAUCGACGGUACAUUUGCUCGUCCUGCUCCACCGUCGCCCCCGAUGAAACGUAGAGAACCAGAGAGAACCAAGAAAGCUUCAUCAACCAAGACAGUACCAGACUAUCUGCUUCACCCUGAGCGGUGGACCCGCUAUGACCUGGAGGAUGUUCCUGAGACAAGUGACAGAAAAAACAGCCAAGUGGCCCAUGAGUUCAUACAGGGACUCCAUAACCGUAGGAGAUCCCAAGAAGCUGCUGCAAGUUCUUUUAGCCCAGCUUUCAACCAGGACCACAGCAGCAGCUCAGAGCACAAGAUUAUCUUCUCCAAGCCCAGUCAAUCCUCCAAAGAUGAGGGCCAUAAUCUGCACAAGGUGGACCGAGCAAAUACAAAAGAGGUUGGUUUAGUUCACUUGGAUGAUGAACAGGAAGAAGAUGAAGGGGGAACGAUGGCCUCUCUUCACCACGACCUUUCGUUGGAUGGCAAGAAAAAGAAAAGAAAGUGGGUGGACGAAGACAACAAUGAAGAUGGAAAAGGGAGUAAUGUUACUUUCAGUAGUGGGAGGAAAGUGAACCGCAAGAACUUCCGCAAGGCAGUUGACGAAGAGGACUGAAAGCUUUUGAGUGCAUGCAUAUGCCCAACCCUGAUCUCCUCUGUGAAUACAGUCAGCUCUUACCCUGUGAGAGCUAUAUAAUCAGCUCUUACCCUUACUCUCUGUAAGUGAUCAAGCGCUUAGAAUUUUGUUAAUUUGUAACGUGUUGGUUGUAAAAGCAAGUCAGUAUGAGAGACGAGAUUUAUAGAACAUUUUUCUGCAGUUUUUACCAUGUAGUCUCUCUGUUCCAUUGUUUGUAAUUUUUCUUUGUAAUUGUUGUGUGUAAAACAGUAUUGUAAAGUAGAGAAUGGAUUACGAAAAACUUUGAUCAUGUAUAAACAUUUUAAUGAAUAAAAGUUGCUUUCAUGUCUUGUAGACCGAAAUCAUAUUAAACAGUUUUCUCUUGAUAUUUGGAUAGUAAAGAAGCUGAUAUCA